AUGGCAAAGCGUACCGUCAAGAUGGGCGUCAUGGGGCGCUAUGGCGCCCGCUAUGGUUCGAACCCACGUAAGCGCGCCAAGAAGCUGGAGGUGUCUCAGCAUGCGAAACACUUCUGCUCCUUCUGCGGGAAGUUUGCCUUUCGGCGCAAGGCCGUUGGCAUUUGGCGCUGCGAUGGUUGCAGCAAAACUGUCGCUGGUGGCGCCUACACGCUUAGCACACCAAACAACACCACGGUGCGUUCCACCGUUCGCCGCCUUCGUGAGCUGAAGCAGUCUAACUAA